AGCCGAAGAGGGAGUGAGAAGACAAAGCCAUCACUUCCUACAGCGGUCCUCCUCUCCAGCCCAGAGCGGACCCCGGGCCCCCAAGGCACUCCCUCCGUCUCUGCAGCACGCUAGUAAUUCCUUAAUAACAGGAAGCUAUGAGGGACCCCGUGAGUAGCCAGUACAGCUCCUUUCUUUUCUGGAGGAUGCCUAUCCCAGAACUGGAUCUGUCGGAGCUGGAAGGCUUGGGUCUGUCAGAUACACCCACCUACAAGAUGAAGGACAGCAGCGCUGGCAACGUGACCGGGCAAGCACCUGGAGCAGAGCAGGAGAAGAACCUUGAAGGUGAUGCUCUCCUUGAGUACAGCACCUUCAACUUCUGGAGGGCUCCCAUUGCCAGCAUCCACUCCUUCGAACUGGACUUGCUCUAAGGCCGAGACUUCUCUCUCCCACCACCUUUCCCUCAUUGUCUUGCCUUUCCAUCCCUUUCCCAUUUUAAUCUUGUUCUUUCUCCCUCUGUUGUGUUGGUGGUGCUGAUGAAUC